UGCUUGGUAAAAGUCAUUACACAGGCAGCAGCCGCAGCCGUCCAUUAUGAAUGGCAGUGCUAUCCUUGAGUAGCCUUGUUGGCUAUGUAUGAAAUAAACCAUGACAAAACUGCCAAGUUCGUUCUUCUCACGAAGUAAAGAAAACUUAAUUUCACAGUGAUAGUGUCAGAUACUCUUUGGGUGUGGUGCAAACAUAAGAGAAAUGGGUGUUCCCAUUCCAGUGUGGACAAAGCUUUCUGUCUGCAUAGCUCUCCUGGCUAUUGUGUCAAACAGAGUAUUAAGUGCUGCUGUACUAGAUCAACACAACUAUACAGUUUUUACACUAUGUGACAUCACUGCAGAACUGGUUCCUGAUGUCACCCCAUGCUGGCAGAUGGAGGAGUUUGAGGUCCUGGUGGAAUGUGCUCCGUGCAGUGCUGUUCAGUCAUGGCGGACUGCCUGCCGUCCCACUGGUUACACUGAAAAAGUCAUCUGUAUGAAGUCCAACAGGGUUGACUUAAAAAGUUGUCACUCUGCUGUGAGGGAGGACAGCCUCUUCUGGCGGUUUGAGGCGGUGAUGAUGAGCCUGACGGUUUUCUUUGCACUGGUGGUUGUGAAGCGCCAGCGUGUGUUGGAUCGUAGAGCAUCAGAGAUGGUUUGGAAACAGAUUGAGUCCUCUUAAGUGUCUUACGAGCGUACAGAAAUGUGCAACCCUCACAGAAGGUUUAUUUGUAUGUGAUGUUAAGAGACCAAAAGAGAGUUUUUCUUUUUUUUUCAUCUCGGUUGUGGCUUAUUGAAUCAUGCAAAUGUCUUAUUGAAUCAUCCAAAUGUGGUCUCAUGACCACAGAGUAAAGAUUUCACUUGAAACCAGACAUUGAUUCUGUUACUGACUGUUCUCUCGACUUAAGGUUUAUCUCUAAAAAUUCACAAAUGGAAUCCUCCAAUCUGACAUGAAGUGUUUUUAUGAAGUAGUACCCUUAAGAGAAGAAUCAUUUUUGUAUUUAUAUUGACAUACUGUUUGUACUGAAAGUUGCAAAAUUGUAAAAGAGCUCUAUGUUGCUACAAUUAAAGAUACGUACCAUAACCUUG